AUGGACUUCCCUGUUGCAAGAGGUGAUGAUGGGAAAUACAUACCCAAGAAAGAAGAGCUCUGGACAGAUGAGGAGAACAAAAUGGCAAAAUUCAAUGCUAGAGCUCUGACUGCCAUUCACUGCAGUGAUGCUAGAAAACAAUUCAAGCUGAUUCAAGGAUGUGAGGCAGCAAAAGAUGCUUGGGAUAUCCUACAGAGGCACUUUAAAGGAACAUUGAAAGUCCAAAGCUCAAGGAAGGACAUGCUUGCGACCCGAUUUGAAGAGUUAAAGAUGGAAGAGCAUGAAUCAAUUGGUGAUUUCAGUUCCAAACUCAGCUCACUGGCACAAGAAGCACUUACCCUUGGGAAAAAAUACAAAGAUAAGAAAUUGGUGAAGAAGUUUCUGAGGUGCUUGCCGGCUAAGUUCAUGGCAUACAAAGCAGCCAUGAGUUUGUCCUUAAACACCGACGAGAUGACGUUUGAUGAAGUAGUUGGUAUGCUUCAAGCUCAUGAGGUGGAAGUGUCUGGUGGAAAGAAAGAAAAAGGGAUUGUUCUUGUCCUAGUUGAGAAAGACCAGACGGAAGAUAAUGAUCCAGUGAUUCUCUUGAAGAAGUUUGUUCCUGGAAGAAAGGCAGCAGAAUCUGACAAGAAUCCCAGGAAGAACAACCUGAAGUGCUACGAAUGCAAAGGAUAUGGACACUUCAGGACUGAAUGUCCAACGGUUAAGAGAAGGGAGUUCCAGUGUCAUGGAUGCAAAGGGUAUGGUUAUACUCAAGCUGAGUGCAAAGCUGAUGGAAGAAGGAAACAAGACAAGUCCAUGAUAGGAAUCAAUGACAGUGACUCAGACAGCGAGAGUGAAGAAGAAGUGAACAACUUUAUGGCUUUUCUUGGAAUAAUGGAAUGUGAAUCAGGCUCAGAAAGUGAUGCAGAACUGGAAAAUGAGCUGGAUGAGAGCUACAAGAAAGUUCGUGAGACAUUGGUGAAACUGGGUAUGGAAAAUCUCUCACUAGCUAAGGAGAAAUCUCAGCUAGAAACUGAAAUUGCGAAACUACGUGAUGAACUACAUAGAGAAGCUAAGCUAGCCAAGGAAAGUGUCAACUUAAUCAAAGAGAAAUUGAUCCUUGUAAAACAAGCUGAAGAACUCCGAGAAGAAGUUAUUGCUGAGAAAAAGAAAGCUUCCGAUCUUCAAGUUGAACUAGAUCAACAGUACAAGAAAAUUAAGAUGCUCACGGGAACCAAACAACUAGACAAGAUUCUGAGCAAUGGCAAAACUGAAUAUUCACACAUGAGACUUGGCUAUACUGGAAGACAAAGUGGUGCAACGGGUACAACACGCUUUGUGUCUGGAGGAUUCACACAUGCUGAAGAAAGUAAGAUACAAAUUGCCUCAGAACAAUUUAUUGGGUGCUUCUACUUUGGGAAGUAUGGUCAUUACAAGAGGUACUGUUACAAGUAUCUUGAGAGAGUCAAGCAAGCUUGGAGACAACGCAAGAUCUGGAGAAUUGGUAAGACCUCUCAAGGAUGGAUGAAGAAUAUUGAUCUAUACCCACAAGCAGCUACUGAUGCAAGAAGUAACUUCCGAUGUAAUAUGACAAUGGUCUCAGAUUAUGUGAAUUCAGAUGAGCCGUGGUACUUUGACAAUGGAUGCUCUAAGCAUAUGACAGUAAACGCUGAGUAUAUAGACAAGGUCUCGAAACUAGAAGGAGGAAAAGUUACCUUUGGAGACGGAGGGUAUGGAGUGAUUCAAGAGAAAGGUACUACAUGCAGUUCUGAGUCGCCCAGACUAGGGAAUCUCUACUUUGUCAAAGGACUAAAAGAAAAUCUGAUAAAUGUGAGUCAGUUAUGUGAUGAAAGACUCACAGUGGUUUUCUCAGUAGUAGAUUGUCGAGCUAUUAAUCAGUAUAUAGUGACUAUACUACAAGGAAUCAGAUUUGGCAACAACUGCUACAUGUGGGAGAAGAAGAUCAAGUGCAUGUCAGCGCAAGGGAACGCUGAGCUAUGGCACCGAAGGUUGGGCCACAUGAACGUCAGGAACAUGACCAACUUGGUUCACAACGACAUGGUCAGAGUACCCAAACUCAAGAUUGAUGAUAAAUUGGUAUGUGGGGCAUGUAAUCAAGGAAAACAAGUGAAGAUGCAACACAAGAAAGUUACUGAUGUACAAGCAUCAGUACCAUUGGACCUAGUUCACAUGGAUCUCAUGGGUCCAAUUUAG